AUGUCAACGACUAUAUCUGCAGACCAAGUCACAGUCAUUGCACGAUAUCCACUGCAAUGUGCAAGUAAAACAGCUAUUUCCGCACUGGAGUCUCCAGUUAAACUAGGACCCCUAGAUCAUAUGGUUCUCCCUUUUGUGCCUGUGGAUGCUGUCUUUGUUUACAAGAAGCCCAUAUCAGAUGCGAACAGAGAUCAUAUUUCUCUGCUUGAAGUUCGGCGCCUUCGAAGAGCGCUGGCCCUUGUGUUGGAUUACUACCCACAUUUAACAGGCCGUUUGCACUUCGAUCCCAAGAGCCAUCGCCCCGAGAUCGUUAAUCUUGGUAGGGGAGCAGAGCUUCUCGAGGCACACUGUAGCCUACGACUAGAUGAUAUCGAGAGCAAAUCAAGCCGUAUCCUUCUGACUGAUUUGCCGGAUUCUGGCAAUGCUCUACUGCCGCCCUUCGACUCAACAAUAGAGGGGGUAUGUCGAGAUCCGAUCUUGGCCAUACAGCACACUCGCUUCGCCUGUGGAAGUGUCGCCCUGGGUUUCCGUAUACAUCAUAUUGUCUGUGAUGCCUGUGGGUUUUUCCAAUUUGUUCGCGAUCUGGCUCAGCUGUACCGUGCUCUCAGGCCUGCAGAAGGAUGUGAGAAGGAUGCAGGGAUACCACUCCUUUCUUCAGCACCAGAAAUCCGCUCCUACCUUCGAGAUUCGGACUCCAUGACAUCGGAAGAGCGCCAAGCUGCACUCAAGUACAACCCAUCAGCAUAUUACCUAGUCAAAAAUUCCGGCACAAAGUCGAAUACUGAGACCCUCACUUCAACGGACAAACCAGUCUCACCCCCAGUCCUCGGCCGCGUGCUACGAUUCUCCAGCCAGAAGCUCCAGGAACUCAAAUUGCGAGCAACAGAUCCCAAUUGGCAGGACUGGGUAUCAACCAAUGACGCCCUAGUCGCCUACCUAUAUCAACUCACCUAUCGCGCCCGGCUCCGUCAUCUCACAUCACAAGGAAUACCAGAUUCCGCGGCAUUCGACCAGCUCUCUACCGGGAUCUUCUCAUCCAUCAACAUGCGUGGACCAACCCGUCUCAACCUCCCCCCUCGAUAUUUCCCUAACUCCAUAUACGGCGCAUACAUGUACCUCCAGCCCGAGACACUGGCCUACGGCCCCCUCUGGAAGAUAGCAAAGGCCUUCCAUGACAUGUCACAUGGUAUAACACCCGAGCAAAUGAAACUGAAUACACAAUGGCUCGCAUUGCAGCCAGACACGAGUCGAAUCAGGAUGAACUUCGAUUUUGACGGCAGCUUUACCACGUCCCAGUGGUCCAAAUUUGACAUGUACGUAGGAACCGACUUUGAUGUCGAUCAACAUGGAAAUGCCAUCCCGCCGAUCACUGUUUCUCGACCGUUCACGGAUGUCUCCCGGGUGGAUGGCUUGGCUAUGGUUAUGGCUUCUGAAGAGCAGUUAUACCGGGCCAUAGACACAAGUGCAUCGAGUAAAGGCCCCUGUGCUGUUUAUGUGAACUACACAUUGAGUGGGCCGUUGUGGGCUUAUUUGGAUCAGGAUGAAGAGUUUAGGGGGUUGUGUUGCUCAUAA